AUGGCGCCUCCGAGCAACCCAACCGGCUUCAGCAUGAAAGCCUUUACCGAUGCAGCAACAAGUAAAGAGUGGCGGGCGAGAGAUCCAUGGAGCAGACAUGAGGCAUGGCGAUACACCGGACCUUUCUCGAGAUGGAAUCGGUUUAAGGGAGCAUUCCCCGGAUUUGGAAUCGCCGUGGUCGCGUUCACGGGUUAUGUUAUCUUCGAACAACUGUUUCUGAAAGAGUCGCACGGUCAUGGUCAUGAGGAGAAGUCGGAACACCACUAG